AUGGGUUCCUUCUCCUCCCCACCACCCACAACACUGGAGCCGUCGCUUGAGAAUUCAAUGUCUCGCUAUCGGGUGUACGCCUCGUUUUACUUUAGAGAGCCAGGGCAUAACAUAAACGUCUCGAAUUGGAUCGGGUGCUACGAUCCUUCCAACAACACAUGGAGUUAUGUUAGUCCAAUCUUUGGACUAAUUGAGAACCAUGUGCUAAAGGACUUCGCCAUGACUUCAAAUGGGGACUCAAUUUAUAUAAUCGGGGGACGAUUAUGUAACAAGAAAAGAGCUCUGUAUUCUAAUGACAUUUCCGAGGUUGACGUUGAGGUACUUUCAUCGGUUUUAUGUUACAAUGUUCAUACAGAUCAAUGGUCCACAUGUGCACCACUCAAUGUACCACGGUAUGAUUUUGCAUGUACAGUGUGUGACAAUAGGAUCUACGUGGCCGGGGGGCAGUCCACCUUGGCUAGCGCGAGGGGUACUUCGUCUGCUGAGAUGUAUGACCCAUCGCGUGAUAAGUGGACCCCAUUGCCAAAUAUGAGCACUUCGAGAAUUGUGCCUCAUGUGGAUCGUAGUUCUGCUGAGGUGUAUGAUGAACAAAGACAUGUGCCACCUAAUCAAAUUGUUGCCGUGGAUGACAAGUUAUUUAGCUCUGGGUAUUGCCUAAAUGCAUGGAAGGGUCACAUUGAAACAUAUGAUGGGAAGCUCAAUAUAUGGUAUAUAGUUGAAGGGUCACAACAGAAGCUUCCAUGCACAUCAUGCAUCAAUGGAGAAAAUAGGUCGCGGGUGCAACGGCUUUACCUUACUAUGGCGCCGAUCGGAACUUGUCUUUUCUUCUUGGCGGGUUAUCGAAUGGCCGGAGAGUCAUCGGGAAUAGUGUCAGUGGUCCAUAUAUUCAACAUAUUGGCAACAGGAGAUGGAUGGAGGAGUUUUGAACCCAUGGAAGAGGAGGGGGAGAGAAAACUGUGUAGUCGUCAUUGUUGUGUUGUUCAACUUUCUUAA